UCGGAGGCAGAGCGGAGUUCCGGUAUGUUCACGGAAAAAGCCCUGACAAGUGUAGCUGCUUCCGCCUUUAGCCGCCUCUCCUGAAACAGAGAAAUGACGGCAACCUUGCGUCCAUAUCUCAAUGCGGUGCGUGCCACUCUGCAGGCCGCCCUCUGUCUGGAAAAUUUCUCUUCACAAGUAGUGGAGAGACACAACAAGCCAGAGGUGGAAGUGCGGAGUAGUAAAGAACUGCUCCUGCAGCCUGUGAUAAUCAGCCGUAAUGACAAGGAGAAGGUUCUGAUCGAGGGCUCCAUCAACUCCGUCAGAGUCAGCAUCGCUGUCAAGCAGGCAGAUGAGAUUGAGAAGAUUCUGUGCCACAAGUUCAUGCGCUUCAUGAUGAUGAGAGCAGAGAACUUCUUCAUCCUGAGGCGGAAGCCAGUGGAGGGCUAUGACAUCAGUUUUCUCAUCACCAACUUCCACACAGAGCAGAUGUACAAACACAAACUGGUGGACUUUGUUAUUCAUUUCAUGGAGGAAAUUGACAAGGAGAUCAGUGAAAUGAAGCUGUCUGUCAAUGCCAGGGCUCGUAUUGUCGCUGAAGAGUUUCUCAAAAAUUUCUGAGAGAGUGAAGUACAUUCCUUUUGCAAUCUGGCCAUCACUGUGGAGUGUGCACAUCACAGGGCAGAGACGAGACAAAACCCUGACAGCCAAGAGAAGUUAAGAAGUACUGGCCAAUGAGGUUUUACCCUUUAACCUUAAAAUACCCCUGUGCUCAAAAAUAUUGAUGUUUGUAUAUAAUGAAUAUUCACACAAGACAUUACUAUCUGCCUUUAGAACAUUAGAAGAAGUCAGGGCAGGUCCUUAAAAAACAUUUGUAAUCAGUAUUAAUGAGCACAGGGUAAUAUGAAAGUUUUUCAGAUAAUUUAAUUUUUUUUAAAUAUAUAUAUAUAUUAUAUGCACAUAAAUUCCAUUUUGCUAUGUUUUGUUACAACAGACCUUAAACCAUGAAGGCAAUCAACUAAUACAUGUUUAUUGUUUUAGUACACAGAGUAGAACCUAUUGUAGAUGGAUAAUAAAAAUAAAUAUACUUGCUGGCCGUGAAGAUGAAUAAAAGCAUUAUCCUUUG